AGAGAGAGAGAGAGAGAGAGAGAGAGAGAUCAUGUCUCCCAGAGGUCUGUCACCUGCAAUGACUCACCUGCAGGCUAUUGGAUCGAACACAGGGUCUCAAUCAUGGUUGCAUUAGCACUGGCACAUGAUACUGGCAACUAUACAAUGAACAAGCGGGAAAAGCGGGAGCUGCUGGUGCGUUCCAAAAGAAGGUGGGUCCUGUCCACCAUUGAGCUAGUGGAGGAGGACCCUGGACCUUUUCCCAAGAUAGCCACACAGAUAUUCAACGAUAGAACACCAAUGCUCAUAAACAACUACCAGUUCCGAAUAAGUGGAACCGGAGUGACCGAGGAACCGAUGGGCGUGUUCUCCAUCGGCGAAACGGACGGAGUGGUUUCUGUACACAAGUCCAUCGACAGGGAGACAUACCCCUUCUUUCACAUUAAUUUUGACAUCAUGGACAAGGAGACUGGUAAUCCCGUGGACAGGACUCUGGGGUUCGACGUGGCGAUUAAGGACAUCAAUGACAAUGAGCCUUACUUUGAGAACCUUGUCACGAAAGCCAGUGUGAAAGAAAGUUUACCAGAGGGCUAUCUGCCAGUGCCUCUGAUAGUCAAGGACAGGGAUGAGGCAAACACAGAGAACUCCGCCAUCAGUUUAAGGGUGUUGUCUCAGGAGCCAGCUGAGCCCCAGAUCAACUUGAAGCAGGUGGAGGGCACCAAGAUGAGCCAGCUCACCUUCACCGGCUGCUUCGACUACGACAAAGUAAAGAUGUAUAAAGUGACUGUUGAAGCUAAGGAUCAUGGGAAACCAGCCCUGUCCUCAACUGCCGUGGUCAACCUCCACAUAAUGGACUCCAACACUCACCAGCCAGUGUUCAAAAACAAGACUUACAAUACUCAGGUUAUGGAGAUGGAGUCCAAUAGGGAGAUACUCAGAGUGGCUGUGACUGAUGCAGACACCCCCAACACCCCCGCAUGGCGGGCUGUUUACUCCAUUGUGAAGGGGAACGAGGAAGGGAACUAUAAGAUUGAGACCGACCCCAAGACCAACGAGGGUAUACUGACUGUCAUCAAGGGGAAGGAUUUUGAGAAGACGACGGUGACCAACGUGGAGAUCGCCGUGGAGAACGAGGAGCCUCUGUUUGUGUGUGGCUCAGGAGGGCCCAACUCCCCUAAAACCCUGACCGCGCUCCCCCAGACAGUGAACGUGGCGGUGAAGGUGAUUGACGUGAACGACCCCCCGGAGUUUGACAAAAAUGUGGUAGACGUGUACGUGAAGGAGGAGGAGGUGACAGGGAAGGUGCUGUACACGCCCAAGGUCACUGACGUUGACUCAGAUGUGGGAAAAAUCAGGUAUGAGUUAGUUGAGGACCCAGCAGGCUGGGUCACCAUAGAUAACAAGACAGGAGCGGUUACCACAGUGAAGAAGAUGGACCGGGGAGUCACCUCACGUCAACAAAGACAACAUAUACACUAUCCUAAUCCAUGCCAUAGAUGACGGCAAACCUCCUGCCACAGCUACAGGCACCAUUCUGGUUCACCUGGGG